AUGGACGGUCUAAUGGAAGAUUUUUGGAUCGACGAGCCCGGCAACAGCGAGACUGUGGGGGAUACCUGCAUUUCCACGGCAUAUCCCAUUCAAAGAACUACGCCUAACUAUGCCCAGGAGAUCUUUCGCUACGAUGCUAUCUCAGGUCUGACUAGCGACGACUAUGCUAAUUGUGGGUUUUACGAUUGGUAUGACCCGUCAUUAAUGCCUCUGGAACAUAUGAUGGGUGGGCCAUCCGUCCCACCAAGCCACAAUACUGGUUGCAUUCGCCAGUCGGAGAUGCUCGGUCCUCGUACCGCUACCAACCCUCGGAAUUCUCUUAUGUCUCCCCGGACACAGUUUGAUCCACCUUGCGACCCGCUCUUCCAUCACCCUCAAUGGGACAUUAGUGGUUCGAGAGAGACUGUGCGAGAACAAAGGCCUUAUCCCGGUACCAGGUCGCGAACCUUCCUCAAACAACAGACUACACACUCUCAAAACGCCAACUCGAACACAAAGCUCGAACUGCAGUCUCCGACAGCUGGAACUGAAAAUGACAGUAUCGUAUCUAGCCCACAGACAAAACCUCCGGCUAAGAAACUCGCAUGUCCAUUCUUCUUAAGAGAUCCACAACACCCUCUAAAGCUAUCCUGUAACAGCAAUGGCUUUCCGGACAUAUCGCGCUUGAAGGAGCACCUCAACAGAGUCCAUGAAGUAUCGUUUACCAAUCGCAUGAAAGCAAGGUCAAAUGUUGAUAAAUGGAAUGCAAUCUGGAAGCACCUCUUCCCAGAGGACUCUGAAGAAUCCAUCCCGUCACCAUAUUGGACAGAUCGUGAUACUUUGCGCAAGCAACAGAACCUACAAGCAAUCGAAAUCUUUGGUGAUUUUAUCCUGAAAGACCUAUGCGAUCAUUUCAAUUCGGCUUCAUAUGCUACUCCGCAAACUCUCAGAUCACGACUGCAGGAGACAUUCCUAGCCUUCAAGCAAAGCGAAGGCGUUGAUAUCUUGCCAGCGACAACAACAGAAGAGGAUGCAAAAGCCAUGACAUCUACCCCUGAACGAGCACCACAUGUUAGCUGUAUGGGAAUUCGACCUACUGGUGCUGAGCGUGCACGAAGUCGCCAAAUUACGGGAGAGGAUCCAAUUCUGAGCACAAGUCCCUAUCAAUUUUGGUCUGGAGCUUCUCUGGAUGCUGAUGGGUUCUAGCGAUGCCACUGGUUUGCUAUAUUCUUGUCUUCCUUUUACCUUCCCCAACAGAAGAGAAAUCGGGGCUAGAUGUUCGCUCGUUGAUAGAAUUGCUUCAGGAGCCCUUUUAAUCCCUUCGC